GGCUAAGUUUGACGGCUGUAGAAGGUGACUGUGCAGGUUUUAGCCAGUCGUACGCGAAGCAGUGUACCCCCCGUUUCUGAGGAGAUGGACUCUUCCAAGCACCUGCUUCGCGUCGUUGUUUGAUUGGGAGAGCAGCCAGGUCAAGCAGACGAAACCAGGAAAUGAUGGGGAUGCCUGCAGCGCGUGUUUUGCAAUUAUGUUUGGUGUCUUUGCUUUUAAUUGCAGAAUGCUUUGCGAAGAACCAAGAUAAAGUUCAAAUUGUUGUCGAGAGGAUGCCAGAGGACUGUCCCCAGAUGGCAGGAGAUGGAGACCAAGUGACAGUCCAUUACACUGGAUACUUAGAGUCUGGAGCAGUGUUUGAUUCCUCCGUCCAACAGAAAAGGGAUCCAAUAGCCUUUGUCCUGGGGAGCCAUCAGGUUAUUCCAGGCUGGGAAGAGGGACUUCAAGGAAUGUGUGUUGGUGAGAAGAGGAAGCUGGUUAUACCACCAAACUUGGCUUAUGGACCUAAGGGACAUCCCCCUGUCAUACCUCCUGACGCUACUCUGACCUUCGAGACCGAGCUGGUAAGUCUGAAGAAGAAGUCAUCUGAUGAGUCGAUCCUGAAAACGCUCCAGUUCCUGGCAAUGCCAGCUCUGGUGUUCUAUGUUUUGUAUUACCUCUACGACAAGUACAAGAAGGAGACGGCACAAAAUACAACUAAAAGUGACAAAGCUAAAGGAAAGAAGAGGAGGUGAUAGCUUUUUUUAAAUAAAAUAUGUAUUUUUAUACA